AAACGCCCUUACCCCUCGCCCAGGGCUGGGAAGGCUGCCAGUCCGGCGCACGCGCGCCCCCCUCACUCCCGCGCCCCUCCCCGCGGGCGGUGCAGCUACCCUUGCAGCGCCUCCCCUCCCGGGGAGGGAGCCGGAGGGGGCUCCUGGCGUCGCGCGGUAGACCUGCUCCGGCUGCGCGCCGCGCCGCUGUCCUCCACGAGUGGCAGCAGUGGCGGCGGCAUCGGAGGAUUACCGGGGUCUGUAGCUCUCAGACGCCACAGGAGAGCGGAAUCCAGGUGGGGGGCGCGCCUCUCCUCUGCGCGCAGCAACUCCCCUUCCCCCCAACCUGUUCCCGGUGCUCAGCUGGCCCUCGAGUCUCGCCGCCAAACAUGGAUUUCCUGCUGGCGCUGGUGCUCCUGUCCUCGCUGUACCUGCAGGCGGCCGCGGAGUUCGACGGGAGGUGGCCCAGGCAGAUAGUGUCGUCGAUUGGCCUGUGUCGUUAUGGUAGUAGGAUUGAUUGCUGCUGGGGCUGGGCCCGCCACUCCUGGGGACAGUGUCAGCCUUUCUACAUCUUAAGGCAGAGACUAGCCAGGAUAAGGUGCCAGCUCCAAGCUGUGUGCCAACCACAAUGCAAACAUGGUGAAUGUGUUGGACCAAACAAGUGUAAAUGUCAUCCUGGAUAUGCUGGAAAAACCUGCAACCAAGAUGAGCACCUCCACCCAACUCCUCUUGACCAAGGCAGUGAACAGCCUCUUUCCCAACCCCUGGAUCAUCCAGCCACGAGUUUGCCUACACGGGAUCUAAAUGAGUGUGGCCUGAAGCCACGGCCCUGUAAGCACAGGUGCAUGAACACUUACGGCAGCUACAAAUGCUACUGUCUCAACGGAUAUAUGCUCAUGCCAGAUGGGUCCUGCUCAAGUGCCCUGACGUGCUCUAUGGCAAACUGUCAGUAUGGCUGUGAUGUUGUAAAAGGACAGAUCCGGUGCCAGUGCCCCUCUCCUGGCCUGCAGUUGGCUCCUGAUGGGAGGACCUGUGUGGAUAUUGAUGAAUGUGCUACAGGAAGAGCCUCCUGCCCUAGAUUCAGGCAGUGUGUCAAUACUUUCGGAAGUUACAUCUGCAAGUGUCAAGAAGGAUUCGACCUCAUGUACAUUGGAGGCAAAUACCAGUGUCAUGAUAUAGAUGAAUGCUCCCUUGGUCUGCAUCAGUGCAGCAGCCAUGCUCAAUGUUACAACAUACAUGGGUCCUACAAGUGUAAAUGUAAAGAAGGAUACCAGGGCGACGGGCUAAGUUGUGUGUAUAUUCCAAAAGUCAUGAUUGAGCCUUCAGGUCCGAUUCAUAUACCAAGGGGAAAUGAUACCUUUUUAAAGGGUGAUGGAGGACACAGUAAUUUGAUUCCUGAUGUUGGAAGUACUAGGUGGCCUCUGAAGACACCAUACAUUCCUCCAGUCAUUACUGACAGACCCACUUCUAAGCCAACACCAAGACCUACCCCAAAGCCAACACCACAGCCUACCCAACCUCCACCCCCACCACCCCCGACAGAGCUCGGAACCCCUCCACCACCACCAACCCCAGAAAGGCCAACCACCAGAAUGACAACUGUAGCACCAGCUGCCAGUACACCUCCAAGAGGGAUUACAGUCGACAACAGGAUACAGACAGAUCCUCAGAAACCCAGAGGAGAUGUGUUCAUUCCACGGCAGCCUUCAAAUGACUUGUUUGAAAUAUUUGAAAUAGAAAGAGGAAUCAGUGCAGAUGAUGAAGCAAAGGAUGAUCCAGGUGUUCUCAUACACAGUUGUAAUUUUGAUCAUGGACUUUGUGGAUGGAUCAGGGAAAAAGAUAAUGAUUUGCACUGGGAACCAAUCAAAGAUCCAGCAGGUGGACAAUACCUGACAGUCUCCGCAGCCAAAGGCCCGGGGGGAAAAGCCGCUCGCUUGGUGCUACCUUUCGGCCGCCUCGCGCGUUCAGGGGACCUGUGCCUGUCCUUCAGACACAAGGUGACUGGGCUGCGCUCCGGCACGCUCCAGGUGUUUGUGAGGAAACACGGUGCCCAGGGGGCGGCCCUGUGGGGAAGAAACGGUGGCCAUGGCUGGAGGCAGACACACAUCUCCUUGCGAGGGGCUGACGUCAAGAGCGUCAUCUUCAAAGGCGAGAAAAGGCGUGGGCACGCGGGGGAGAUUGGAUUGGAUGAUGUGAGCUUGAAAAAAGGCCACUGCUCUGAAGAACCCUAGCAACUCCAGAACUAGCAGUGAACUCCUGUGUUGCUCCCUCUUCUUUUUCCAACCCUCACCUCCUGUCCUCUUCUCCCCCUUAUCGGGCCUAGGAGAAGAGUGGGUCAGGAGAAGGUCUGGUUGGUGACCCACAUCUCGCUUGCCUGCUUUUGUGCAAUUCCCAGUGAACAGUGAAACCCUCUUUGAAAUAUAAGGACUAUCUGUAGACACACCCAGGCUGUCUUUGGGUGUUCCUUUCCAUCGUGUGUCUCUCUUAGGAAGGCCUUUGGCAUGUACGACUAGUGCCAUCCUUCAUCUUUGUUACAAGGUGCUCCUUGUGGCAAAAUAUGGGAGCAAAUUAUUGGAGAAGUUUUCAAAUAUCGUCUUUGCAAAUGGCCAUCCUGUUCAUCGGUUCAGUGUUGUACCAUGAGUAGUAUUGACUUCCCUUAAGAUAUGAUAUGCAAUGUACUUAUGAAAUUGGUUUAUCCUCUUCCUUUAAAGUUAGUUCUGGCCUGGAGCUGAACUCUCACUUUUACUGCCAUUUACUUUAUAAAAGAAGGGUGUGUAACAUAUCAAAAUGCAUUUAUUCUUACUUUGUUAUCUGUAUUUUUCUUUUAAGGUCAAUUAUGUAGCAUGGGCACGCAAUCCCUUGUUAAUAGUAGUGUGUUUUGUGUAAAUGUGCUAUUGAUAUGAAAUUGAUAUGAAAUUUUUACGUGUUUCUAAUAUUUACAGACUCUAGUUGCAAGGUAAAAGGCAGCUUGUGAUCUCCUGAGUUAAAAAAUUCAUGGUAAAAUGUCAUCCAGUUCCAUCACCUUAAAUUGGCAGCAAGAGAAAAUUGGAAGAGGUUUCAGGUUGUGGUAGUGGAGUGAGAUUUUUUUAAAUGGUCUUGAGUUUGGUCUGUACAAAGUAUAGUAAAUCAGAUACACAAGUAACCACAGUUAACAUAUAAAACCCUCACUGUUUCAGGUUAUACUUUCAACCCAAUGCUUUUACAAUAACAUGGCUCUCUCUGGUAACAUGUAAAAAGCUUUGUAAAAAUUCUAGUUCUUUUACAGCAAAGAUUCUGUUCGCUUACAGAAGCUGUGAGAUGGAGCAGGAUAUGGGGGAGGCUCUGUUGGAACAAUUUUUCACACUAAUUUUUAAAUCAGUAUAAAUUGGGCACGUCUGAUAGAAAGGCAGCCCUGUGCUUUAAAGCAUUGGAUGUGUUGGAAUGGAUUCACACACACUAGAGGACAAGACUGGAAUUCUAAUGAACCCCCAACUGUAUUUCCUCCAUGCAUAUUUUACCUUUAUAUUAAAAAUCACAUAACUUUUGAAAGACAACUCACUCCUGAGGCUUUUCUUCAUUUCUGCUCAAGUAAUCAAAAUAUUUUCUGCUGUUUUUGCCAGGAAUCACAAAGCUGAUUAAAGGGUUGGAAAAAAAGAUCUAUGAUGAAAAAUUAAAGGAACUGGGAUUAUUCAGCCUGGAAAAGAGAAGACUGAGGGGCAAACCAUGGAUGGUUUUCAAGUAUAUGAAGGGUUGGUCCAGAGAGGAUGGUGACCAGCUGCUCUCUGUGUGCACUAAGAAUAGAACAAGAGGAAACAGGCUUAGACUCGAGUAUGAGGGUGCAUUUCCUGGCAGGGACAGUUGUUAAAUUAGAAUCCUUUUGAAAAAAGAGAAGUGUGAAUCUCUUGUUUUCUUUGAGGCUUUUUAAAUAUUAGAUAAAAACUUAUCUAAGGUGGUUAAAGAUGCCCUUACCUCAAAGUGAUGUAGUAAGUUAGAGAAUCUCUCCAAAGAUGUGUUUAUCCUUGCAUGUAAUGAAAAUCUUCAGAGCAAAGUAAUUUGGGCUAGGCCAGGGUUGAAUGGAGAUAUUUCUCUCUUGGCCUCCUUAUGAUAAGUCACAGAAAGGGUCAAAAGGGGAAUUAUCCCACCAAAUGCUCAGCUCACUAAAAUGUCUUUCCCUUUAUGGCAAGCCUAGCAGUGUUAAAACAAAAUACAAAAAAUUAAAAAUGUUAUUUAUUCCAAAAGAGAGUAUCAUGGACAUUUUAAUAUCUCAGUGAUAUCCUGAUGUGGUGAUGUUUUUGUUUUUGUGUCUUCUUGGUUAAGGUGUAAACCUUGAACUUGUUCAACAGAUGAUCUUUGUUGGAACAAUGUCCGGAGAGAUUUUUAUCUGGUGCAUUCUCUCUGCUACGUUUGUGAGAAGUUAACUUGGCCGUUGAACAAGUGCGAUACCCAAAACCACUGCCAGCCCCUUUCCUCUCCCCAGUUGGGGUAAUUUUGUUUCUCUUAUGUUGUAAUCUCCCACGUUCUACACAAAGGUGGUGUUUUGUGAAUAAUAGUUGCAAUAGGAUGUCUUUUGUCAUUUAACUUAGGGGUGGGGGGUGGAGGAAGAAUAUAAAUAAUUGAGCCUUUGAUUAGGGGCCAAAAAAUAUGGCCUUAGAUCCGUUUGUAAUGAUUCAUUUCCUUUUGGGGAUGAAAGAUGAAAGGGGAAAAUAAUUGAAAAUUUAACUUUUAGGUGCCAAUAGUACAUUGCACUAAGCUGACGGAAGAAGUUAUCCAAAGUACUGUAUAACAUCUUACUUGUUUAUUAUUUAAUGUUUUCUAAAGUGAAAAGUGUUUGUGGUUUUCCAAAACAGCCAAAUAAAAAGAAUUCUUUGUAAAUUAAAAACACUGUUAAUAAUA